CCGCCCCAUGGCCCGGCCCCGCUGACUCGGAAGCGGAAGGCCCGCCCGCCUCACGCCGUUGCCCGGCAGCGGCCCCGCUCCGAGCCCCGAGGAGACGGGAGAGACUCCGGGAGAGACCCCAGCCCAGUCCCAGCCGCGGGCGAUGGAAGCCGAUGACUCGCAGGAACCAGAGCUCGCCGAAACCAUGGGACAGCUCCAGCAGGAGCUGCGGAAAGCCAAGGAUGACCACAAGAUGGCCAUAGGUGCUAUCUCUUCCUUGCAAAGACAGAUGGAGAUCCAAGAAUCUGAGCUUCGGAAAAUCAGAUCUGAAAAGGAAUUGCUCCAGAAGCAGCUCAGAGAGAGAGAAGUCCAGCUCCAAGCUGUGUCUGACAAGUUUUGCAGCCUGACAGAAGAACAGAGGCAGGAAGAAGCGGUGGUGGCGAUGGUGGAGGAGAACCAAAACCUUCAACAGGUUGUCGAAGAACAGGAAUUCCAGCUGGCUGAGCAGAACAAGCUCAUCAGUGAGCUACAGGGGACAAUCAGCCAGCUGCAGGCUGAGGCUGUGAGCACCCGCCUCCAGCUCCUGCAGCAGAAACAGGCCCAGAGGGAGACCCAGAGCCAGCUUGAGGCACUGCAGCACACAGAGCUGCAAACCAGAGUGGCACUGGAGCUCAUCAGCAGCAAGGUAAGCGUGGCCUCUUUCACCUCAGAGCCCUGUCUCCCUCUUGGGAAUCUCAAUCCAUUUGCUCCCUAGCUGUGGAGCAGGCAGCUCUUGUGCCACUUAAAAACAAAAGAGACCUCAAAUACCAGAAACUCUUGAGAAAGCUGAGUUCAGGUCAGAUUUCUAACAUCCUUCCAGACCCAAGGUAACAAGAAGCACCCUAAAGUCGUCUCCUGCAGGCAGAUGUGCCAGGGAAAGAGCCUUGGCCCACCCAGACCCACAUGGUUACCACAGCACUUUCAGUGAAGCCCAAACUGCCUGUAAUGUCACAUAAACACUUCACAGUCUCUGUAAAUCAGUGCAAAUGCCAAGGAAUUGCACAUAAAGCCCGAACACACCCGCUCUCCUCUUUUAUCCAAAGUUUGAAAGGUACAGAAACAAAAUAAUCCAGGCUACGUUCAGCGUGGAGGGCAUCCAGGACCCCCAGGGCGAGCUCACGGAUGAUGACGUGCUGGAGGCAAUGCAGGUUUGUGGCUCUUGCAGACAGCUUCCAGCAGCCAGGAGGGGACUGCUGAGGUAAGAGGACACUUUGCAGUGCUGUUCCCAGCCUUCCCACCUCUUCACACAUGGCUGGUUUUCAGAAAAUCUUCAACGAGCGGACGGAGUUCCAGCAGAUGCUGAAGAACAAGGGCAGCAGGACGUCCCUGCUCAGCAGUGACAGCAGCACAGCAUCACCAGCAAGGAGAAGGAAAUCCUCCAGGAUGGAAAAGCUCUGAUGGCUGAGCCAGAACCCAUCACCAGCGCAGGCUCUGGGGUCUGAGCUCCGAGCUGGUGCCUUACAAGAAAUAAAACUCAUUUUACUGACACCAAGUUCUGUGGGAGUAUCUGAUUCAAUAGUUUCAGCCAUGUUAAAGCCAUGCUUUAAAUGGUUAAAGCAAAUUUCUGACACCUCUUCAAUUCGAUUAUGUUCAAGAUAUAACUCCUGUAAGUUCAUUGGGAGGAAAAUUUGUGAAAUCAGAAUGGGCUGAGUUUUCCCAUUGCAAACUCCAAGUGCAGCAACCACAUGUCCCCUGUAUUCCCUGGUCUAUGCUCAUUCUGAAUCAGAGCACAAGUCACUGGAAGUCCUUGGUCUGUAGUCACACUUGACUUCCCAGAGAAGCCUGAAGCACAAGGCUGGCUUGGCUACAGGCAGCUGGGCAGUGUAUAAUUCCCAUUUUUGCCUUGGGAAGUUUCUAAGUGACCUGACUGAACAUCCCCCAGUGCCAAAACGAGGGACAGUGCCAGGGCUGCAAAAGCUGUUUUAUUUUUCCAUUCCAUGUGCAAGUCCCAACAUGGGGAUGCAUUUGACAUAGCAGCAGUUCAGUUGGAGCUCUGAGAUCUCAUUUUUACCAGAAAAGAGUCAGUCUGGGGACCACCUUGGCUUAGGGAGAGGUGUGAGUGCACACCAGUGCUCACCCACACAUAUAGAGACUGCCAAACAAGAGCUCCAACUGCCUGUAUGUUGGAAGUGCUCACCCACAGUAACUCUUUGGGCACACACAAGGUCACCACAAUUCCCACAGGGAUGGAGGAUGGCCCUGAAAUGCACUGGGACACACAAACCCUCAACAAAUCCCUUAAAAAUGGAAACUGUGCUCAUGUCUGAACACAAAAACCGUCACUUUAAAAAGCAUCCCUCAAGUUCUGACAGCA